AUGGCUGCCAAGGCCUCUGAUGAUGGUAAGAGAAAAAGGGAGGGUGAGAAUUCUCAUCGCUCCGGUAGGAAGAGUACCAGGUUUAAAAGAGACAGCCAGCAGUCGGUUGAGAAGACCAAGUGCGAAACCUGUAGGAAAUACCACCUCAGGAAAUGCAGAUUUGAAUCUCAGACUCUAUCGUGUGGAAUUUGCAAGUCUCAAGAACAUAAAACCCUGGAUUGCAAGGAACUAAAAGAUGCAACAUGUUAUGGUUGUAACGAGAAGGGACAUAUCAAGACCAACUGCCCUAGGAAUCAGAAGAAGCCCGAAGAAGCCAAGAGAACAAACGCAUGA